UGUAAACCAUCUCAGGGCCACGGGUGCUAAAAGGACCGAUACCCCGCUUGAGACCAUAUAUUCCUCUUUCUCUCCUCUUCACGCUCUCGUCUCACUUGUAUACAUUGAAUCAGAAUUGAGAAUCGACAGUGACCGGCGGGAUUUAUAGUGCUUCUGGCAGCAGGAUGUCAUUAACGGCAUCCCCCACGUCCUACUCCUUCACCGCAUGCGUGACUGUGAUCCUCUAUGACCUGCUCCUCUUCCUUCCUACUGAAAUCGAUUAUGUCUGGCUUUCCCGACCCGUACAUCCACUCUUAUUGCUGUUCGCACUGAACCGCUACUUACCCUUGGUCGAUAUGGCGAUAACCAUCAACUGGCUCUUGCACGAGCCUGCUGCGACCCAGUGUCACCUCCUUGCCUUCAUCAUGGGCCCAUUCGCGGUUAUUGGGAUUUUCACGUCACAGGUUAUCCUCAUGAUCCGCACGUAUGCGAUAUGGGACCGACACAGAGCGGUAUUCUGGUGUUUUAUUGGAACUGGAGUAUUCUGUUUCCUACCGGGGGUAGUUUGCCUUGUUAUACAGCUCAAGACGAUGCAAUGUAGGUUGCUUGUCAUUCGUGCUUUUGAAGCUCGCAGAGAGCUGAGGGCUUUAUUCGUAGUCAUCGAAACGUCGUCCAACUACCCUGGCUGCUUCAGCGUCCCUUCAAUCAUGGCCAAGGCAUUCUAUAUCCCUGUAGUUGUUUCAGAGACGAUCAUUGCUUCGCUCACAUUCUUCAGGGGCAUACAACACCUCCGCCGUUCUUCUCAUCCUUUUCUCAUCGAGUUUUAUGUCUCCGGGAUGUUCUUCUAUGUGUGCCUCCUCUUCAUGGCCCUUGCAAAUAUCCUUGUCUCCACGUGGACCGACAGCAUCACACCCUUCCUUAGUUAUUUUCAGCGUAUCCUUCAUUCCAUCCUGACCAGCCGCAUCAUGCUCAUCAUUCUCAAGCAGAGACGAAUACAUCGACGCUAUCUUGAUGAAGAGCCGUACACAGCUGAUGUUGAAUUGUCUCAUACCACCCCGUAAACUACAUCCAAACGCGCUAAAAUCAUUCAAAGAUACCAACUUAGUUUGACGAGAUGUUUGCUCCUGACGGUCCUGGAAAUGACGUGAAGAAAAGAUGCUAGCGUAGGGAACAACAUCCUAUACACUGAGGGAAAAACACGGCCGACGGCAGAAACGUUUUGCGCCUGAAUGGCAGCCAA